ACCUGUUGUGUUUUCCCCAUUGGCAAUUGCUCCUCUUUUGCUACUUUUCAAACGUUGUUCCUUUUUGCGCAUUACCCUUUUACUUAUUACAUUGACUAACCAAUGCCAUUCGCAUAGUCUACCACGAACUCAUCCUUACCUCCAAGGAAUACAUGUCCACUGUCACUUCUGUUGAUCCACACGUAAGUCCCCCUUUCUCUUUUCUUUCUCCUUUCUUUCUCCUUUCUUUCUAUCUAUACCAUCCUAAACAACCAAACGUCUCCUCCCCUUCCUGCCCCCCACUUCUUUUAUCAAAAUCAAAAGCACAACCAACACCUCCCACACACAACCCCCGCCUUAAUCCUCCCGAAACUAAACCACAUAAUCCCCGAUACCACGACUAACAUCAUUCACCAAUCCAGUGGCUCGCAGAACUCGGCGGCGUCUUCUACUCCGUCAAAGAAAAAGGCUACUCCGCGCGGGACAAACGCGUCACC